CGCCGCGAAGCCCGGAGCCUCUGGUACCCAGGGUAGUGACUUGUAAGUGUGAAGGAGCUCUCUUCUACGCUUUGCCUGCCUUCGUGUCUGCCUGUGUUUGUUACUGAGUGUAGACCUGGGUCGAGUAACGCAAUGCCCAAAUAUAGACCUGACUUAAAAUAGAAUUUAGUGUCAUUAGAAAAAAAUACCAAGAUGGCGGCGUACAGAGGGAAAGAGAAAGUUGACCGUUCAAAUCCUUUUUCGGACGAGAUGGAGGACGACUUCGAACAUGUAAAUCUUAACAGUAUUCAACAACAAAUACGAAUUGCACAGGAGCGAAGUUUGGAUAGCACCAAAAGAUCUUUAGCUUUAAUCGAUGAUUCACACGAUGUGGCGAUAAAAACUGCUGAAGAAUUGCAAUACCAAGGGGAGCAACUCGAUCGAACGGAGAAAAAUCUGGAUCACAUUCAUAACGAUAUGGCAGUUGCCAAUAGAAAUAUAAAAUCUAUGAAAAGCAUUUGGGGAACUAUGACGAAUUAUUUCAAAAAAGCACCCAAGCAAACGGUUACAGAAAACGAAAAUAAAAGCAGUCAUGUUUCGCAUAUGCUGGGAAAAGAAUCUUGCGAGUUCAGUACGAGUGACGCGGAGAGAGAAACUUACGGAUACGGCAACAAACCUGCUCGGCCCCACGAUACAUCUAGCCUACAGAGGAGCGGAUUAACCACAAGUAAGGAUCCAUACGAAAGACAACUGGACGCUAACUUGGACCUCAUGGCACGGGGUUUGUCCCGGCUGAAGGAAGAUGCGCUGUGUUUGGGAGGUGAAAUAGAAAGACAGAAUACACAACUCGACAGGAUCACGGAUAAAGCCGAAAGAGCUGAUUUCAAAAUCGACAAAGCUCGUAAAGACAUCAAGAAAAUGUUAUAGAUUCUUUGUAUUAUUAUUAUUGCCAUAAGAAAAGAUAUUAUUGUUGAAACCCUCGAUAACACAAACCCCCAAGUGUCAAACAAUUCGAGUUAACGAGAAUUUAAAGUUCCCCAAGUAAACAUUACCAAAAAUAAGUCUCAGGGAAUUUGUAGUCAGUUCGAAUAAGGGGUAGUUCAAGUUAUUUGAGUUCUACUGCAGGCUUUCUAGGAAUCUUCAAAUACUAUGCUUUUUCCAUAGGAUUGCCCCCCCCCUCAGCCAAUCCUGGGUAUCGCCUGUACUGUACCUUCAAUUUAUAAUCAUGUUUAAGUGAAAACAAUCUCGCAAAAAAGAACAAUGAAGAAAUGCCCAGAUUCAGAGAACAGAUGUGAAUUUUUAUUGAUUCUUGUUUUUUUUUAGAGCUUUAUGCACGAUGCUCUUUGCUGCUCAAAAAGGUUUUGAGCUGGCAUAGAGCAGUAUGAUAUCACAACAAUGCACUUUCUAAAAUCUAUUACAAUUUUGGGACAGUAAAAAAAAUAUUGCUAGUUUUGAUGUGUGAUGUAAUGCUACAAUGCAAUGAAGCCCAAGCAAACUGCAAUAGGGAUUUCCAUGCAAAAAUAAAAAUCUUGUUACUUUGGAGGAAUAAGCACAUGCUUGUUGGUAUGUCCUGCUUGAUUCACCCUGCUAGACUGUUUUUGGAGUUUUUGCAUUUCUGUGUUGCGUGAAAAAAAGUGGGAGAAGAAAAGAUCCUCCUCACCUUUUCACAUACCACAGGAAUCCUGAAACUUCGUAAACAGUAAUUUCUGAAUUAACCCACUAGAGAUCAGGCUAUGCUUCACUCAAUGAUUGACAUCUCCUUCUAGAGAGCUCAAGUAGGGACUUCGAUUUCAAAGCCUUUCUCUGAACUGACCAAAAUAAACCAUAUUUGGGGGGUGGGGGUACACACACUCCCCUGUUGUUCAUUCACCUGUAUAUCAUUGAUAAAUAGAAAUAAAAUCAAGACCUGAAGGGUUAUAUGGACAAUAACGAGGAGAGAUUUGUGAAUUAUCUCUACCUAUAUAAAACCAACAAUAAAGCUUUCCAUCCCAAA